GCAGAGGCAGCGAUCUCAUUAGAAAAACCGGAGCGCCUUGCGCUAGAGACACAGUGCCCGCCUGGCCCCCGCCUCGCCUCACCUGGACCUGCCUGGACCCCUGCCUGCCCUCGGCCAUGGCUGUGCAUCCGCUGUCCUGGCUGCUCCGCUUGGCUGUCCUCUGCCAUCUAGCCCUGCUGCUGGCCGGACAGCAACACAGUGUCGGAAAAUGCAGAGACAUGUGCAACGCAAUGGCAAUGACCCGGGAGAUCCCCCUGAGACUCCUAAAGAGCUAUCGACCAACGGAAGCAUCUUGCCGCACACCUGCCAUCAUCUUGACAACCAAAGGGAACAGGACAUUCUGUGCGGACCCCAAGGAGGACUGGGUGCAGAAAGCCAUGCAGCAUCUGAACCGCACGGCCUCUCCCUUCCACGAGAGACAGGUCGACCCCAAGACUUCCCCGUCCACCAGGGGGACAGACCGGUCUCCGGCCUCAGAGCCCACGGCCACUGCGGAAAGCAGCAGCCAGGGGUCACGCUUGUCUGCCCCCACCUCACCGGCUCCGGAUGGAGGGCCUUCAGGUGGGCCCGAGAGAACGGAGCUUUCCGGUGUUGCUGCUGCCACCAUUGCCACCGUCACUGCCACCACCACCACUGCCACGUCCUGGCAGAGCUCUUACCAGCCUACAGUGGACCUCGGGACUGAGGGAAAGGCCUUUGAAGCUGCCUCUACCCAGACCCCCUCCACCCAGGCCCCCUCCACCCAGGCCCUCCCCACCGAUACCCCCUCCACCCAGACCCCCUCCACCCAGGCCCCCUCCACCCAGGCCCUCCCUACCCAGACCCUCCCCACCGAUAUCCCCUCCACUCAGGCCCCCUCCACUCAGGCCCCCUCCACCCAGGCCGGCUCCACCCAGACCCCCCCCACCGAUACCCCCUCCUCCCAGGCCCCCUCCCCGCAGGCCCCCACCAUUUCACACACAGCCCCAGACCACGGGCAGAACCUCACGCCGGAGAACCCUCUAGGGUCCAGUUCAGCUCACACGGAUGCUGUUACCGGGCCCGGCAGCACGCCCCGUGUCUCCGUGGCCCCCAGCAGGGAGCCAGUGGCCACAGGCAGCUGGGCCCCCACACCCAAGAACCCCCAGAGGCUGGGCAUCCUCAGCACCCCCGUCACCGAGGCCACCCGGAGGCAGGCGGUGGGGCUGCUGGCCUUCCUCGGCCUCCUCUUCUGCCUGGGGGUGGGCAUGUUCACCUAUCAGAGGCUCCAGGGCUGUCCGCGCAGCGCGGUGGGGGACAUGGUGGAGGGGCUUCGCUACAUCCCCCGGGGCUGCGGCAGCAACUCGUACGUCCUGGUGCCAGUGUGAGCGGCCCACCUGCCUGUGUCCAGGUGUUCCACUCAAACAGCUGCCGGGGGUCCCCCAUCCUCACUCCUCCUCUCCCCCAAGGGCCUGGCCCGAGCCGGGAUGAUGGAAGCAGGGAGGCAGGACCCCCAGGGGGGACUGCCCCCAAUUCCUGGCAGACACAGGAGGCCCCUUGGCCAUCCAUGACCUGCUGGAGGCAGAGGGGGUGGCUCCGAAACUCACCCCAAUGCCCCCCGAGUCGGAGAACUCUUUUGCUGCUGGCUGCUUAAAGGUUCCCUUUGACACGUCCCAGCCCCAACAAAUGAUUAUUUAUUGAAGUCUCAGCCCCUCCGGCUCGUGUCCCCAUGUAGGUACCACGGUCGUCCCUUCCACAAAUGCGUCUCGGCCAGGCCCUUCUGCACACCCCCUCCGACCUCAUCGCGUCUUGUGGUCCCGCCGCAGUCGCCAGUCACCCGGCCGCCUGCGGUGCUAGCCCCCCGCCCCCUGUACAGAGCCCACACCCCCUGUACAGAGCCCACGCCCUAGCCGGGACCUGUCUUUUCCUGCAUGAGGCGGGCGUGGUGUCUGCUGGCACUGCUCUCAGCGAAGGCUCAGCCGAGUUAGGCUCCGUGGGAACCGGAGACGAAGUCGCCUGGCUGUUUAGACUGCUUCCCUCCUCCGUCUGUGCUGAGCAGGGAGGGGACAUGGACUCUGAACGUGAAGCCCGGGGUUCUAGGCCCAGGCCCACCACCAACCUGACGAGGCAUCCUCACCUCUGGCUUCCCAUCUGUGAAAGGACACAAGGACUGCAAAUAUGUGGCAAUGACCUGUACCCCGACGGGCAUCCCUACGUGGCCAGAGGCCCCUGUCCCCAGAUCCUGGGUACAGCUUCACCGUCCGCCAUCAACAGAGCACCUUAGCCAGUCUCCAGCAGCCAGGGAGGCAGGCACUGCCCUGUGACCCAGAGGGCCUGGCAGCCCAGCUCUGCCCUGUUGGAGGGAGUCAGCACUGUGGGCCCCAGAGUGGGGGCUGGGCUGCGAUACUUGGGGGGCGGGGGGGUGGGCAGAGACCAAUCUUAAAGGUCCCUUCCUGACUUGGAGAACAGCCCCUUUCUGUGUCCACCAGGAGCACAGGAACACUGAGAUGGCCCUGGUGACAUGUGACAGGCUGAAGGAGGAGGGGAGCCUGCAGGCUCUGGGGAAGGCUGAGGCACUGCCUGGGGGCGAGGAGGGAGGGCAGGGCAGGGUCCAGGAAGAAACUGCAGGGAGCAGUCACACUCCCUGUUAGGGACUCGGUCCAGCUUUUGGUCUUUCUACCUGCAGCCUGGGCUCCCCAGCCACCUCUCUGGCUCCCUGUCCGCACGCUAUCUCCUCCCCUCACCUUUGCCCCCACGGCUGGCAGGGCCAGGAGUGUCCAUGACGUUUCCCACGAGCUCAGAAUCCACUGCUGACACCUGAGGUCCCGUGUUUAUUCUGAAAGGAACUCUGCCCUGUGGGGAGGGACCCGAGAGGGGAGGGAAUUGUGUGUGCGGGUGGGGUGGGGGAUGGGGAGGGGGGUUAAGGGGUUCCUUUUGGCCGCUGAGGAUGCAGGCAGGCCUGGGUGAGGCUGGCAGCUGUGGCUGGCCAGCACCCCACCCAGAGCUGGACCUGCAGCCCCCCGGCCCCUCAGGGUCCCUGAUGGCAGCUCCCCACCUCCCUCUGAUUGUCCCCAAGACUGACCCUUGCCCUCCACCUGAGAAGCCUCCCAAGGGUGGGGCCCCCUCCAGGUACAGGUGACACAUCCCUUUACAGACGGAUGCUCAGAGGGAGCAGGCACAGCUCUGGUCCAUAAAGGGAGGGCCAGGCCCGCCUGCACCCCCCCGCUGGACAUGGCACCCCCUGAUUGGGCCUGGCUUGAGUCGGGGGCACUUUUGGGAAAACAGCAGGUCUGAAUGCACUUUUACAGGCUCCUCCCAGCUGGGAGCCUUCAAGGGGAGGGGCACCCAUGAUGGGGUUCCCCUCCUUUGUCAGAAAGCAGCUGGGGCAGCUGGUCCCCUUCCCACAGACCUUGUUAGCUCCCCCGCAACGGGACAUGGACAAGGACAAUUUGGGGAGGACUUUAGAAGGAGACGGUUGAUCCUUUUGCUUUCCCAACCCCAUCACCAAUGUCUGUGCCAUUUUGUAUUUUACUAAUAAAAUGGGAAAGUCUUGUGGAUCAAA